AUGAUAAACCCAAAUUAUCUAACCUUUUCAUUCUCACUGUUACUACUUCUAGCGUUUACCCAACUUCAUGAGGCCACUUCCGACCAAACAAACGCGCCAUUCGUGGGCGUGAACAUCGGCACAGACGUCUCCAACCUCUUACCUGCACCCGACCUCGUCAACUUCCUCGAACACCAAAAGAUCACUCACAUCCGUCUCUACGACGCCAACCCCGACAUCCUCCGCGCAUUGUCGGGCACCGACAUCCACGUCACCAUCAGCGUCCCCAACAACCAGCUCCUCGCGAUGGGUUCCUCCAACGCCACCGCUUCCUCCUGGAUCCGCAAAAACGUCGCCGCAUUCCGCCCCGGCACCCGCAUCACCGCUGUUUCCGUCGGCGACGAGGUCCUCACCACCCUCCCCUCCGCUGCGCCGCUUCUCCUCCCCGCACUGCUCUCCCUCCACGCCGCCCUCGUCGACUCCAACCUCCACAACGACGUCAUUGUGUCCACUCCACACUCCGCCUCUAUCAUCCUGAACCCUUUCCCUCCCUCCCAGGCCUUCUUUAACCAAACCCUGGAAACCUUCAUCUUACCUCUCCUCCAUUUCCUCUCCCAAACCAAUUCCCCCUUAAUGCUCAACCUCUACCCCUACUACGUCUUCAUGCAGAACAAAAACCUCGUUCCUCUCGACAACACGCUUUUCAAAACCCUCCCCGUUUCAAAACAAAUGGUUGAUCCCAACACUCUUCUUCAUUACACCAACCUCCUCGACGCCAUGAUCGACGCUGCGUACUUCUCCAUGAAGAACCUCAACGUCUCUGACGUCGUCGUUCUUGUCACGGAAACAGGUUGGCCUUCCAAAGGGGACUCCAAAGAACCCUAUGCCACACUUUCCAACGCUGUCACAUACAAUUCGAAUCUUAUUAAGCAUGUUUUGGAUCGGAGUGGCACCCCUUUGCAUCCCGAAACCACUUCUAGCGUUUAUAUAUAUGAACUUUUUAACGAAGAUUUGAGGUCCCCGCCUGUGUCUGAGGCUUAUUGGGGUUUGUUUUAUGGAAAUGCUACGCCGGCUUAUUUGCUUCGUGUGUCUGGGGUUGGGGCUUUUCUGGCAAGUGAUAAUGCUAAUCAGACCUAUUGUGUUGCUGGGGAUGGUGUUGAUUUGAAGGUUUUACAGGCUGCGUUGGAUUGGGCAUGUGGACCAGGGAGAGCGAAUUGUUCUGAGAUUCAGCCUGGAGAGAGUUGUUUUCAGCCGAAUAAUGUUAAGAAUCAUGCUUCUUAUGCUUUUGAUAGCUAUUACCAGAGUCAGGGGAAGUCUCCUGGAUCUUGUGACUUCAAAGGGGUAGCUACGAUCACAACCAGUGACCCCAGUCGCGGCAGCUGUAUAUUUCCUGGAAGUAAAAAUUUAAGCAACAAGACAAAGCAAGUGGUGAACACUACUCACUCAAGCAAUGCAAGGGAUAAUUUAAGGUUCAGAACCUUUAGAAGCAUCGAAAUCAGUGCAAUCUACAACAUUUUGCACAGUUGUUUGGCUGCUGUUUUCCCCGUUUUGUUGUUAUUCGUUCUCUGA